GAGUGAACAAAUCUAGGGGUUACAUUUUUCUUUUGAUAUAUAAUCGCUGAGAGAACCGGGAACUGCCGCCACUGAGAGGAAGAAGUCGUCGUCGUCCGCUCCGAAACAACUGCGAACAUGGCAAGGGGAUUGAAGAAGCAUUUGAAGAGGCUCAAUGCUCCCAAGCAUUGGGAUCUUGACAAACUUGGUGGUGCCUUCGCUCCCAAGCCCUCUUCUGGACCUCACAAGUCUAGGGAGUGCCUCCCUCUCGUCCUGAUCAUCAGGAACAAGUUGAAGUACGCUUUGACAUACCGUGAGGUCAUCUCCAUCCUCAUGCAAAGGCAUAUCCAAGUCGAUGGAAAAGUCAGGACUGACAAGACUUACCCUGCUGGCUUCAUGGAUGUUGUUUCCAUCCCAAAGACGAAUGAGAACUUCCGUCUUCUGUAUGACACCAAGGGACGUUUCCGUCUCCACUCCAUUAGGGACGAGGAAGCCAAGUUCAAGCUAUGCAAGGUUAGGACCAUCCAGUUCGGACAAAAGGGAAUCCCUUACCUCAACACAUACGACGGUCGCACCAUCCGUUACCCCGACCCGCUCAUCAAACCCAAUGACACCAUCAAGCUCGACCUCGAGGAGAACAAGAUUGUUGAGUUCAUCAAGUUUGACGUCGGUAACGUUGUGAUGGUGACUGGUGGCAGGAACAGAGGGCGUGUUGGUGUGAUUAAGAACCGUGAGAAGCAUAAGGGAAGCUUUGAGACGAUUCAUAUUCAAGACUCUACGGGACAUGAGUUUGCCACGAGGUUGGGCAAUGUGUUUACUCUGGGGAAAGGAACAAAGCCGUGGGUGUCUCUUCCAAAGGGUAAAGGUAUUAAGCUGACUAUCAUUGAGGAAGCCUGGAAGAGGCUUUCUGCCCAACAAGCUGCUUAAAUGUUGAAUCAUCCAAGACCGUUUGUUACCUUCUUGCUUCAGUUUUGAGCUUAUUCCUAAUUCAUGUUUCUUGCUUGCAAAACCCCAUAAGAAAAAAAAAACAGCUGAGCAUUUUAGAGCGUUUUGUAUUAUUUGUACGGACUUUUUAAAGUAAUUUACUCUUCAAAAUCA